AUUUUAAUUGAGUUGCCAAUCAUGGGGUACAAGGAUUUGAUCCGCACCAGAUAUUUGUAUGGAUGAAGAGAAGAACCAAGAAGAACUUCUUCCUCUUCAGGCCAAGAACGCCGCCAUCGUCGGAGCUAAAUAACGAUGACCUCACUCGUAGUACCGCCUUCAACUUUGGGAUCCUCGUUCUUCAGCUGGGUCGCUUCCAGUUCAUCCAAUAACUCUCUCAAGCCCCCAAAAAUCUUCCUCAAAACCCCUUCUAAUGCCGUGGCGCUAUACCCCAUUUCGUUAAAAUCUUCAAACCGGCCUUCAUUUGACAGAUUUCCGCGAACGAAAAUCUGGGCAACUUUAGGCGAAAAGGACCCAAAUGGAGCAGCCCCACUUCAAGUUGUGGAAGAGAGUUCCAGCAGUAUUGUGGACGAGGAAGUGGAAAAGAGUGUCAAAGUGCUAAAGGAUGCGGCGAAGACUAGACGGGUAGCAGCAGAAGAAGUUUUGACAGCACUUUCUGUUCUUGAGAAGGCCAAACUUGACCCUUCAAAGUUUUUUAAUACACUUGGUGGAACAAGCUCUCCAGGGAGAACCUGGAUGCUUAUUUUUACUGCUGAGAAAAAAUUGGAGAAAGGGCGGUACUUUCCUCUCACAGCCAUCCAGAGGUUUGAUGCUGCUGGAAAAAGAAUAGAGAAUGGAGUGUUUCUGGGACCUAUUGGAAGCUUAACAUUUGAAGGUAGAAUGUCGUGGAAGAACAGAAUAUUAGCGUUCAUUUUCGAGCGAAUUCGGAUCAAAUUUGGACCUUUAGAACCUUUGGAGAUCAGUCUUGGUAAAAAGGAUGAAAGGGAGCCAAGCAGUAAAGAUCCUUUCUUUAUCUGGUUUUAUGUUGAUGAGGAACUAGCUGUUGCUCGUGGUAGAAGUGGGGGAACUGCGUUCUGGUGCCGGUGUCGUCGUGUUAAUACUUAGUUCUUUUCUUCAUCAAACAUCUGGCCUUGUUCAGUGUGUUAUAUUUGUUAAGAACAUGUACAUGCUAACUGGUCUAUAAGAAUUUCAAUUUGUUCUCUCCUAUUUGCUAUCUCUGAGCUUCACUUCUGGAGAAAUCAAUGCCAUUUUACUUCAUA